UCUUGUCCCGUUGCAACAUGGCCCUGCGGAGGGUGCUGGCGCUGGCAGCAGCCCUGGGGCGCCGCAGCUGCUGCUCCAAGCCCUCGCUGCCCCCUGACUUCGUGGAGGCCCUGAGGGCCGUGGUCGGGGCCCCCAAUGUCUCCACGGCCACAGCGGUGCGGGAGCAGCACGGCCACGAUGAGUCCAUGCACCCGUGUGCCCCCCCGGACGUGGUGGUGUGGCCCCAGGCGGUGGAGCAGGUGCAGGAGCUGGCAGCCCUCUGUCACCGCAGCCGUGUGCCCAUGGUGCCCUUCGGCACCGGGACCGGCCUGGAAGGAGGCGUCAAUGCCGUGCAGGGCGGCGUCUGCUUUGACCUGAGCCGCAUGGACGCCAUCGCAGAGCUGAGCCUCGAGGACUUCUCGGUGGCGGUGGAGCCCGGUGUCACCCACAGGGCCCUCAAUAAGCACCUGCGUGGCACCGGGCUCUGGUUCCCUGUCGGUGUGCUGAUUCCAGGGCAGUAG